UACGGCGGCGGCGUUGGAGGCGACCGACUAGCUGCGCAGUGCAGCACAGCUCAGCACUCCUUUUGCUGCUGCAGCACGUUCUACGCGCUGCUCCAAGGCAUGUCCGGGCUCAAAGAUCUCGUACUACCCUACUGACUAAAUCGUCGACGCAACUGCUGACGCUCGAGGAGCCGCCGUGUCCAACGCGACCGCUGCCGUGUAAUACGCGCACAGGUGCACGGAUAGAUAGCAGGCGAUGCUUAAGACGCGUGUGACCACCAGGAUGACAUCACGGGAGCGUUAGGAGAACCAGCAGCACACGACCAUGUCCAAGAUGGCGGGCCUACUUGCGGCUCGCUACUCUCUCUUCGCGAGCAGCAUCUUCAUCUGGCUGUUCGGCAUCGUGCUGCUCGUCGUGGGCGGCCUGCUGCGGACGGAUCCGGACGUACGGCGGAUCGCCGAGUACUUCACCGUGUUCAACAACUAUUGGGCGGCCAGCGUCACCACGCUGUUCGUGGGCGCCUGUCUGCUCCUCGUCGGCUUCCUAGGCUGCUGCGGAGCUUUCUUCGAGAGCAAGCGACUGCUCGUUGCGUACAAUGUCUUCAUGGUGUUCUUCGUCCUCCUUGAGUUAGCUAUCAUGGGCCUCGUGUGGAAGCACGCCAAACAGGAAGCGAUGGAUAGAUACCUGUCACAUGCCUUCAGAAGACUCAUCCCGAAGUCCAAGAAUGCAUUUGUGGAUAUUGAGUACUUCUUGGACAAUGUACAGUUCAAGCUCCAGUGCUGUGGUGGAGCUGGACCCCAGGACUAUGAGAAACUGGAGAUGGAUUACCCCGGAAGCUGUUUCUAUUAUGACCACAAGAAGGAGGCUGCUGCAGUAUACCAACAGGGAUGCGGUCGAGAAAUGAGAAGGUUCUUGAUGGGAAAGAGCCUUGCCGUUGGCCUCGUCUGCCUCUUUGUUCUACUCAUUCAGCUGGGAAGUAUAGCCAGUGCUGUCUACGUGCUGAGGGUGUCAGGAAAGCCAAGACCGAAGAUCACAGCUGUGUAAUGAAGACUGCGAUGGCACAGUUCCAGCAAGAUCCAUUUCUUGAACAUUGCACACAUCAUUAUGUGCCUCAAGUACACCAAAGCCACUUGUGAUACGAGCAAAGCGUUUCAUUUUUACUGUGUUCCUUGGAGUGUUCAAAACAACGAACUGGUCAUGGACACGACAUAAUUGUUUGUGCAUAGCAAUGGGAGCGCUUAUCUCUCUAGCUUGGUGCUGGUGAUGUGCGGACUCAAGCAGAACACACAUUUAUUUAAUAUGUCAUUAAAGUGUUAUAAUGCUUA